AAGAGGCCAGGCAAAAGCUGGAGAAAGAAGUGGCUGAAUUGCGGGAGCAGUUGGCGGCAAGGGAUGAGCUAAAAAAGGCCUAUCAGACAUUGCAGAAAGAGAACGAGAACUUGCAAUCAAAGCUAAACGCAGUGGGAGCCUUAGGGAAACAAGCCGGGCCUUCGUCCGCAGGUGACAGAUCUUCAGAGGAACAUGAAAUGCCUGUGUCAGAUUCACAUGCUGACUAUGCAGCUGUGGCUAAAGAACGAGACAGGCUGGCCGAAAGGGUGAAGGCGCUGGAGCACGAGCUGGCCAUCCUUCGGGACUCAAAGAAAGCGGCCCUCGCGAACACGGCACCGCCCGAUAUGAAGUUGCAGGGCUCUAAGGCAAUACCUGUGCGCAAAGAAAGGGGUAGUUCUUCAGCUGGGCCGCUGGGGAAACCACAGGCCCAGUUGGCGAAAGGCCUUGAAGAAGAGGCCUCAGCACAUGUUGGCGAAGAAACAACGGCGCAGGAGCGUGCCAAAAUUAAUGCUCUUGAGCGGGAGGUCGUUACCCUCAGACAACAAGUUGCGGAUGGGCAGAAGAUCAAAGAGGAUUAUGCAGCUCUUGUAGAAGAGGUCAAGCAGCUCCAAAGUGAAAAUGAUGCCUUCAAAAUGCAGGCGAAGGGACCUAAAGCUUCGCCAGUAAAGGAUGUAGGGGAAAACAUCUGUGAAGAGACAGCACUGACUGCUGCAAAGGUGGCGGAAUUAGUAAAAGAACGAGAUAGUUUGCAGGGCAGAGUACGGGACCUUGAAGAAGAACUUGCAGCUUUUCGCUUCACUCCAGUGAGUCCUGUAAAGGCCACUCUGGCACCCAAGAGCCUUUCAUCCUCAACGUCCAGCGCACCCCCAUUACAGCCUCUACUAAGCAAGAAGCCGCCAGCGCCGAGUUCGAAGUUAGGAAAAUCUGCGGCGGUUUCCUUCACAGCUGUCCACUCAGAGAGUUCUCCUGGAGGUGCGGGAACAUGCGAAGCCUCUUCGGGAGCCGCAGAGCCUCCUGUCGUCCAACCAGGACGUAAGCCGUCUGUGUUGAAACCGGGAGAGGUCGCUGCCAAGGCAUAUUCCCCGGAUAUCGCAUCUGAGCCUAAGGCUGAUGCUGCAUCGCCAGCGAAGGCCGUGCUUCCACUGAGCCAGAAAGUGCCUGGUUCACUCUUCUCAAAAGCAGUCACAACCCCCGCUGCAGCCACCCCUGCAGAGGGCGCAACAGCAGCAAAGGGAGCUAAAGCUAAACUUACGGUUGCUGCGGCAAAGCCACUAGUUCCCGUUAGUUCACUACCAUCCUCAUCUUCCUUGCCCCUGUCCCUUCAGCUCGCUUAUCAACCAUAA